AUACGCUAUGCCCGCGGAAAAAAAGGAAAGACAGCUUAGGAUUGAUAAACUCUGACAAACCUCUGACCUUGGAUCCUUCUGGGAUGAAUGUCAGCUACUUGAGUGUGAAGGAUCAGGGUGUGAAGAGUCCCUCUGACCGAUCAGGCUCGGACAUGGCCAGCCCUGUGGACAAGGGUGAGGGCGAUAGUAACAAGGGCAAGAAGAGGCGAAAUCGCACCACAUUCACCAGCUACCAACUAGAAGAGCUGGAAAAGGUCUUUCAGAAGACCCACUACCCUGAUGUGUACGCCCGUGAGCAGCUUGCCCUCCGGACUGACCUGACAGAAGCCCGUGUACAGCAGGUGUGGUUCCAGAAUCGCAGAGCCAAAUGGAGGAAGAGGGAACGCUUUGGUCAGAUGCAGCAGGUCAGGACACACUUCUCCACAGCAUACGAGCUGCCUCUUCUCACCAGACCGGAGAACUAUGCACAGAUCCAGAACCCAUCAUGGAUUGGUAGCGGAAGUGGAGCAUCUCCUGUACCUGCCUGUGUAGUGUCCUGUGACACAGUUACCUCCUGUAUGCCCCCUCAGUCUGGCAGCGGUGUAUCUGAUUUCCAUGGCGUCCCAAACCCUGGGGGUCACAUGGGUCAGACACACAUGGGCAGCCUGUUUGGGGGUCCUGGCAUGGGGUCAGGAAUCAAUGGGUAUGAUCUGAACAGCAUGGACCCAGACCUCAAGUCCUCCAGCAUUGCUGCCUUGCGCUUGAAGGCAAAGGAACACAGUGCAGCCAUCUCCUGGGCAACAUGAUGCCCCAACACAGCAAAACAGGGGCUUAUCUGAAACCAACCAUAUAGCAUCCAACCCGCAGCAGAAAGGGGAGGAUGUCUGGGAUAGAAAUAUUGAUAUAAAAAAUAAUCAUGAAAGCCACAGUAAAUUGCUGGGCAGCAAGUUGCUGAAGACGAAAGCAAGGAACUGGAGAGUGGACUUCUUUACUUUGUGUCUCUGGUGGAAGAAACCAGCAGACAUCAACAAUGAGAUAUUGAAAAGUCAAUAAGACACUCAAAGCAUGAGGUGAAAGAUCAAGAAUCAGAACGACCUAUCCGUGAAAAGACAAAUGGUUUGGUUGUUUGUUGAAAACAACAGGGUGGAGAUACAGUAGUUACAUAGAUUGAAGGAGCCAGAUGUCUCACAGGAUGUAUGAAUCUAUAACUUGGCAUUAGGAAUUCUACUCACCACUAAAUAUGGUGAUGAAAGGAAAUCCAGUGGAGGAAAUUGGGGAAAAAUUGUAACUAGAUAAAAUGUAUCUGUUAUUCUGCACGUGCUCAUCUAUGAAACAUUCAAUCUCAGUAUAGUUUUUUGCUACCAAAACUAGAAUGUUAGACUUGAAACUUUGCCAAAGUAUUGAAAUACAUGCGAAAACAGCAUUUCUUGUUCUGCAUGCCAUCCUUCAUUUGCUCCCAUUGGAAAUGGUGCAGAUGUGAUCUUGGGUGCAUUACUAGUAUAGCUAGUAAUAAACACAAACAAAAUUUAACUGAUUCAACCAAUCCCUGCACUUAUUCUCUUAAUACAAGUAGAGCUUUUUGUGCAGAUGUUGAGAUGUGUGUGCUAACACAUGCUGUUGCAUGUUUAUAUAGCCUUAUUUGUCAUUAUACUUGUUUUGCAGUGUUUACAUUAAAAAAUAAAUCUCACAGAAUCCCUUUUCCCUAUAUGUAAGACAUUGUAAAUGCAACAGCCCCUAAUAUGCAAAUUGAAAAUUCACCAAAUUACAUUUGGGUCUCUUUCUGCAUUUGUUUUUUUAAACUAGUGAGAAUUACUACAAGGAGGGGUUCAGGAAAGUAUCAAGCCUAAAGCCGACCCAUCCCUGACAAACUGCAAAAAUCCUGACCAACUCAGAAAUGUUCUUUUGAUUCUCAGAGUAAAAACAUUUAAAAAAUAGAUAAGCCAUUUUGAUUUGCAUGGUUAGCACCAGCAUAGUGAGGGAAUUCUUUUUUUGAUCCCCUGCUGAUUUUGUAUGUUU